CAGUUCAUGAGACCUUACGAUUCUGGGGCACAGAAGAGAGAAAAAUAAAUACCGAAGAACCAUGUUGUGGCUUUGGACCUUGGCACUGUGUCUCCCGCUGGCCCUUCGAGCCGACGAGCCAAGCAAUUCAUCUGAGCAAACCAAACGGUUCAGUGAAGCAGAAGAGGCGUUUGCCGAUACCAUGUUAAAGGAAAAUGAGACAGAGAGGAUGUGGGUAACCAACAGCAGUAACACCCUCUCAAACUGGAGCGGGGAAACGAUUACUACACCCCCUGGUGUCACCAGAAACAGCUCUUCUGCCUCUGAAGAAAGAAUGCCAAAGGCAACCGUAACCAUCAGUUCUGUGAAUGGGACCUGCAACGUCACUUUGUACUGUUCCAAUACAGGAGGAGGAGAAAAUAUCACUUAUACCUGGUCAUAUGCCUAUGACAGUAGGAUACUUUCUGAGCAAGAAACCUUACGUAUCACACAAAAGCCUAAAAAUGGUUCUUUGAACUACACUUGCACAGUACGGAACAUGAAGAGUGAAGACUCCAGCACAGUUUCCCUGAUCAGUCAUUGCCAUGAUGCUCCGCUCCAACAGAAACGGUCCUCAGCAACUUCUCAUGUCAAAUAUUGGGCUCCACCAGCCAUCGUUCUUGUUCUGCUGCUCUUCCUGCUCUGCAUGUACAGACGAAAGAGGGGGAGAGCAAGCCGCAGCAGGACAGUAUCCAUCAACGAAUCUUCAGACUCAGAUUCCGAGGACUGCCAUGUUGCAGAACAGACAGCACAACUGGACCCUCUGCCAGAGGAGGACUCAGGGCAGCUGCAAGCCUGGAAAGAGAUUCCCGAGGACAGCCUGCAAACAACAGAAAUGUUCACUACAGAGAACGAUGAAGAGAAUUUGGAUACACGGCAGGAGCCCCUGAACCAAGCAUGAUUUUAGUUUUAAUCUCUUGCUUCACAUCUCAGCUAAAAGGACCUCCCAUGUCAGUGCGGGGAACAGGAAAGAAUUAGGACAGGAGUAAAUCUGAUUGGUCGAGCCAGGCCUGAGGGUGGUUGCCUCGGUUGGUGAGCCUGCAUUAGGCUCGCUACCCCAGAUCAGCACUGGGGAGUGGGGUGGCCGCCUCAGCUGACAAGCUGGCUGCAAGCUUGCUAGUUCAGAUUGGCAUAAGGGGAUGGCUCACCCACUCAGAU